GCUCCAGUGUCAGCGGGCUCAUCGGUCUUCGACUUCUUGGGGGUGGAGGUAGUCUCCUCCUCAGCCUUGCGCUUCUUGGAGGGCUUCUCGCUCUCCUCAGAGUCGGAGUCGGAGUCGGAGUCGGAUCCAGACUCAGAGUCAGAGCUGUCAGAGUCAGAAGAUUCCUGAUAAUGUUAGUGACAAAGCUUUCGAGAACCAUUACGCAACACAUACCUUCUCAGCCUUCUUCUCCUUGGGGGCCUCCUCGCUGUCAGAGUCAGAGUCGGAGAAGACUCGGCCUUCUUGGCCUCCUUCUUGUUGUCCUUCUUGGUCUCCUUCUUAUUGUCCUUCUUGGUCUCCUUCUUAGCAGGCUUCUCGUCCUCGCUCUCACUGCUAGAGGAGCUGGAGUCCAUCUCCUCGUCGCUGUCAGACUCGGACUCGGAGCUGCUAGGGGUAGGAGCCUUCUUCUUCUUGCUCUUGGACUUCUCCUCCUUGGCAGCGAGGUCCUUAGCAAUCUGCUUGCUCUUGGACUUGGAAGCAGAUGCCUUGGUGACACCAGAAUCCUUAACCUUGUUCAGGGUCUUCUCGGCACCCUUGGUAGCCUUGGUAGUAACCUUAGUCUUCGACAUUUUGAACUAGAAAACAAGCUGCGUUAGAGAUGGUUCAAAGAGGAUGUGACAUGUGCACAUACUAAUUAAGUUUUUGUGACGUGAAAGAUAUGAGUGAUUCAAUCACAGCUGGACGUAAAUCU